AUGGCGAAAUUGACCAAGCAGACCACGUUUGUGAUUAUUGAAGAAAAGCCAAUCGGUCACGACGACAUCCAGAACAAUCCCUAUUGGGACAAGCCAACACCAACCGAGACGACUUCUGAUAAUGGCAAUGCCUAUUGGGACAUUCCUCGUCCCGUGACUACCGGUACGAGUCCUCCUUUGGCAGCCACCAACCAUAAUAACUCGAAUCCUUAUUGGCAAAUUCCAAUCAAUCAACAACAACAAGAUGAUGAGAUUGCUUCCGAUAUCAAUCCGCAAAACUCUACUUCUGGUACUUCCUCUCCUCCUGGUACCACUUCUUCUUCUUCUACCAGUAGCAGUACAGAUCCACCGGGAGAAGGUAUUUUGCAUUCGAUUCGUCGGUACGAUCAACUCCGUCAAGAUUUCCCCCAAGAGUUUAUUCCCCCGGAAGACGACAAUUCCAACGUAGAACUCUUUGAACUGCCACCCACAGACGACGUAACCGAAAUUGCCUUUUGUCAUUUGACGGCCAUUCUACCAUUUACCCAAAACGACCAAAAACCAUUUCAAAUUGCCCACGAAGAUGCCGCCGCCGUGGCAUUGGCCGUGCAAGAUUUGAAUUCCGGCAAUGGCGUAGUUGUGCCAGAAGUGGAAGGGUUGAAUGAGCGUUGCAAUAUCCGCUUCACCACGGAAUGGUUCGACACAGAAUUUCAAGGAGGUGUCGCAUUGGCGCGGGUCGUCGACGUCACCAGUCGCUCGACACAAAAACCAUGUGCCUUCUUGGGAGCCUACCGAUCGGCCGUCUCCAUGCCCAUGAGUAUCGUCACGGGAUUGUUUGGAUACCCACAAAUCAGUGCCGGUAGUACCAGCGCCGAUCUCGACGAUGCCUCGCAAUAUCCCCUCUUUGGAAGAACCAUUCCCAGUGAUGCUGGAAAUGCCAUUCCCAUCAUUAUAUACAUGCACACUGUAUUCAAUCUGAAACAUUUGGCCGUCAUCAACGUCAAUGAUGCCUAUGGGAAUAACUACGUCGAAGGAUUGCGCAAUGCCGCCGCCAUUCAUGCCCCGCAACUCAAAAUUCAUCAAGUCCCACUCGAUGAUGGACAAGCCGCCAUUCAAGCUGCCGUGGCAUCCGUGAAAGCGACUGAAUACCGCUAUAUUUUCUUGAUUGUCUUUACGGCUGAAACACACGAUGCCAUUAUGACCGAGGCGUACCAAACCGGCGUCGCCGGAGAUGGCGAGCACAUUUGGCUGUACGGAGAUUCCUUCUUGGGUGUCCUCGACGGACGCACAUUCGUCAAAGAUGGACUACUCCACAAGAGUUAUCGGGGAUCGGGAUUGUUGGAAGCGACAGGAGGUUUCAAAGGCAUUCCCAAAUUUGAUACAUUCGUCGAACAUUUUACCCAAAUGGACAAUCCGGCCGAUUUGCAAACCAUUGGAGAGCUCUUUCCAGAACACGACGAUUGGCCCACAUACAAUGCCCACGAAUUCGUCACGGGAAAUCACGAAUCCUACCUCAAGGGUGUCACCAGUGGAUUUGCACCUUUCAUGUACGAAGCCGUGGUGGGGUUGGGAUUGGCCGCCUGUCAAGCAGCCGCCGAACAAGAAACGUUGGCAAUUACCGGACAGGAACAUUUCGAUGCCUUCAAGAAUCAAAGUUUUACCGGAUUCUCGGGACCCAUAAUGUUUGAUCCUGCCACGGGAACACGAGAUCCGGCAUCCGCACUCUAUAAGGUGGCCAAUUAUCAAGAACAAUUCGAAACCGAUCCGGAAACGGGAGAAGAAGUGGUACGAUUUGUACCCGUCAAUGCACACUUGUUUCAAGGUGGGGUGUGGGAAAAACAGGCAGAAUACUUGUUCAAUGAUGGGACACCCAACAUUCCGCCCGAUUUGCCACCACCGCCGCCGGAACUCGAAACAGGGGGAGCCAGCAUGGCGACGGUAGUCGUCAUUCCAUUGGUGGUAUUGGCGGUGUUGGGGGUUGUGGUCUUUUUGUUUUACGAAAACAAACGCAAAAACAAUGAUUCCGUCUGGGAGGUCGAUAAGAAGGACAUCAUAUUUGACGAUCCUCCCAAAAUCAUUGGACGAGGCACAUUUGGGUUGGUGUUGUUGGGGGAGUACCGAGGGACUGCCGUGGCCGUGAAACGUGUCAUCCCACCUCAAUCCAGGGAGGAAAAGAUAGACAGCGAAAGUGCACAUGGCCCAGGUAUGAAGUCGCUACGGGCAUCGGCGUCGGGUCUGGGAUUGGCGUCGGGGCUCAAUGGCAACACGACGUCGUGGGCUGGAAUGUCCAUGUUGGGUAGCAUGAUGCCAGGGAACCCAAAAGCUCGCAAGUUUGGGUUCAAGCAAAGCCAGGCCGCUCAAUGGAAACAGAUGAAGGCAGAGUUCAUGGAGGAAAUGAGGUACCUGUCAAAGCUGAGGCACCCAUGUAUUACCACUGUGAUGGGCGCGGUCACAAAGGGAGAACCAAUGCUGAUAAUGGAGUACAUGGAUCAUGGAUCACUGUAUGACCUACUGCACAACGAGACUUUGGCCCUUGAGGGAGAGCUGCUCAUGCCACUUCUACGGGAUAUCACUCAGGGAAUGAGGUUUCUUCACGCCUCUAACCCGCCGGUGAUACACGGUGAUUUGAAGGCUGCCAAUAUCCUCGUGGAUAGCCGUUACAGGGGCAAGGUUGCAGAUUUCGGUCUCAGUCAGAAGGAAAAUAUGGGUGGAACCGGGACGCCUUUUUGGAUGGCGCCAGAAUUGUUGAGGGGGGAGAGUGCCAACACAGUUGCAUCUGAUGUCUACAGUUUCGGGAUAAUACUUUACGAAGUCUUCUCUCGGCGUGAUCCCUACGAUGGGGAAGAUGCCGGGGAAGUGUUGAAAUUGGUUGCAGACAAAGUUGUCAGGAAGAGACCACCAGCUCCUUUGCACAUGCCAGAAUCCAUCAGGGCGCUAAUGAAGGAUUGUCUUGAUGAUGACCCAGAAAAACGCCCCACUUGCGAAGAAGCAGACACGCGCUUGAAACGUAUCGAUGCCGAUGAAAUGGACGGCGACCAAACCAACAAGAAAGCGGCACAAGUAAGCUUGUUUGACAUCUUUCCGAGGCACAUAGCCGAGGCUUUGCGCGAUGGGCGUACGGUCGAAGCAGAGCACAAAGACUCUGUAACGAUAUUCUUCAGUGAUAUCGUAGGGUUCACCACCAUUUCCUCUGAGCUUGAGCCGAGGAAGGUGGCCAGAAUGCUAGACCGAUUGUACACCAAGUUUGAUGCUUUGUCUCAACAACAUGACAUUUUCAAGGUGGAGACAAUCGGGGAUGCAUACAUGGCCGUUACUAACCUGGUCAAGGACCAAGAUGAGGAUCAUUGUAAGCGCAUCGCCGACUUUGCGAUAGAAGCCAUUGAAGCAGCAAACGACACCUUGAUCGACGAAGACGAUGAAGAGAAGGGCUGUGUAAACAUUAGAGUUGGUUUCCAUUCUGGACCUGUAGUGGCUGAUGUCGUGGGGACUCGCAAUCCAAGAUACUGCCUGUUCGGGGACACUGUCAACACAGCAUCCCGCAUGGAGUCCAACUCCGAGGAGAACCGCAUUCAUUGCUCGCGUGCAGCGGCAAAGCUUCUUCAAACGCAGCACAGAGAAUUACCGAUGAAGUCUAGAGGCAAAGUGAAGAUCAAGGGAAAGGGAGAAAUGCAUACCUAUUGGGUGAACGAAGGCGCUGGAGGCAGGCGUCUGUCUUCCGUGUCUAUACGGAACUCGACAAAUUCGGGGGAGGGUUACUUUCCGGUAUUGUCGGAUCGCGGCAUGACUGCUCUGGCGGAAACUUCGGGCGAAUUUAGUGGUUCGGAACUCAGCUCGUCGGUCCAGGAACAUGCUCCUGGCAACAAGUCGCCGGAGCCAACACCUGUUGGAGCAGCCGGAGAAGAAGUUUGA